UUUUUUUAAAAAAAAAAAAAGAAAAAAAAAACGUGGCUUUAAAAUGGGGUCUGCCAUGGAAACAGCAGACAUUGCUGUUGUCGCCCUCUACUUUGUUCUAGUUCUAUUUGUUGGCUUGUUUGCCAUGUGGAAAGCCAACCGAAGCACAGUAAGUGGUUACUUUCUUGCUGGACGGUCCAUGAACUGGGCUGUUAUCGGGGCUUCUUUAUUUGUAAGCAACAUUGGCAGUGAGCAUUUUAUCGGUCUGGCAGGAUCAGGGGCUGCAAGUGGCUUUGCUGUCAGUGCCUGGGAGUUUAAUGCUCUCCUGCUGCUGCAGCUUCUGGGCUGGGUCUUCAUCCCUGUCUAUAUCACCUCUGGGGUGUACACCAUGCCAGAGUACCUCUCCAAGCGUUAUGGCGGCAAGCGGCUCAAGGUCUAUUUUGCAGCUCUCUCCCUCCUGCUCUACAUUUUCACGAAGCUCUCAGUGGAUCUCUAUGCUGGGGCACUGUUUAUCCAAGAGUCCCUGGGUUGGAACCUGUACCUGUCUGUGAUCCUGCUGAUUGGCAUGACUGCACUGUUGACAGUAACCGGGGGGCUGGUGGCUGUUAUCUACACCGACACACUUCAAGCUGUGCUUAUGAUAGCUGGUGCCCUCAGCCUGAGUAUCAUCAGCCUGGUGAAAGUUGGUGGUUUGGAAGGAGUAAGGACCAAGUACAUGCAGGCAAUUCCCAACGUCACAGCCAUCACAGCUCGCUACAACUUGUCUUACACUAAUUCCUGCCACAUCUAUCCAAAACCCAACUCGCUGAAGCUCCUUCGAGGGCCGCUGGACGAAGACAUCCCGUGGCCGGGCUUCCUUUUGGGCCAGACCCCAGCUUCGAUCUGGUACUGGUGCGCAGAUCAGGUCAUUGUCCAGCGAGUGCUGGCUGCCAAGAACAUUGCACAUGCCAAGGGGUCAACCCUCAUGGCUGGCUUCCUGAAGGUGCUACCUAUGUUCAUUAUUGUUAUCCCAGGCAUGAUUUCCCGAAUCCUCUUCCCAGAUGAGUUGGUGUGCAUCAGCCCAGAACACUGUUUGCAGGUGUGUGGCAGCCAGGCAGGCUGCUCUAAUAUUGCCUACCCUCAUCUUGUUAAGAACAUUAUGCCUGUGGGGCUGCGGGGCCUCAUGAUGGCUGUGAUGAUUGCAGCUCUGAUGAGUGACCUAGACUCUAUUUUCAAUAGUGCUAGCACUAUCUUCACAUUGGACAUCUACAAGAUGCUGAGGAAAGCUGCAUCUUCGCGAGAGCUGGUGGUGGUGGGGAGGCUUUUUGUCAUCUUCAUGGUGGCCAUCAGCAUCGCCUGGGUCCCUGUUAUCAUUGAAAUGCAGGGCGGACAGAUGUACUUGUACAUUCAAGAGGUUGCAGGCUACCUCACCCCACCUAUUGCUGCCCUCUUCCUCCUCGGUAUCUUCUGGACACGCUGCAAUGAAACAGGUGCAUUCUGGGGAGGCAUGACCGGUUUUGUGCUGGGGACCACUCGCCUCAUCCUUGCCUUCAUCUACAGGGAGCCCCGCUGUGAUCUCCCAGAUGACAGACCAGCUUUCAUCACCCGUGUCCACUACAUGUAUAUUGCAGCAGCUCUGUUCUGGAUUUCAGGGCUGGUGGCUGUUGCAGUUAGCCUGGCUACUGCACCACCAAGCCAAGAUAAAGUCACCCAAACAACCGUGUGGGGCCUGCGACAUAGGGAAAAACUGCCAGUUGGAUCCAAGGAAGAAGCCUACAAGCUAACAGAUAAGAGCCCCAUCCACUGCAAUGGAACCAGCUCUCUCUGCAAGGAGCUACCAUUGGACCUACAGAAGGAGUUGCGUGUGGAUAAUGCAGAAGUGAAGCUUCUGGUUCCACCUGCCGAUAAUCCCGCAGCCCCAAGCUCUGAGACCUCUACACCCCUAGCAUGCUAUGGGAAUGGGCACGUGAACCUGGUGCGCCAGGCGAGCACAGAGGAAGGGGGCUGCAGCAGCAGGGAUGGCGGGAGGUGUCUGAGGAUAGUCGACUGGUUUUGUGGGUAUAAGGAGGAGGCUGCAAAGGACAAGCCAAAGAGUGCAGAAGAAGAAGGACAGCUUAUUGAGGAGCUACUGUAUGAGUCACCACGAACCAAGGUCAUUCUCAACCUGGGAUUGCUGGUGGUUUGUUCGCUGGGAAUCUUCAUGUUUGUGUACUUCUCCCUGUAGUUCUGCCCUACUCCUGCACUGCCUGGGAAAGCUAGCUGGGUCUGUAAUAUUUACAGUUCAGGUACUGUGGAAGGUUUUAUUGGGCAUAUUUGCAUACUUGUUGAGAACUAUAACUCCCUGAUCAUGUACAGCAAUAUGCUUAAUGCAACAAUGAUUUUGAAAUCACUCUGAAGUUUUUUGGUGGACAAUACUUCGUGAUACCUACCAUUACCAAAAUAUUUUGGAAAUUUUAUUUAUUUUUAAUGACAGAAUAUACUGAAAUAGAGCUGUAUUGUUGUACAAAGUGAUUUUGUGAAAUAUGCCUUAUUUAAUGUAUUCACUAUGAAGGUCCUGUUUUAGUACUUUGUGUUUUUUUCCCCCCAAAAAGUUGUCUCUCAAACAGUUUAGUGGAGUUGCAAUGUUUUUGCAUUUAUAUGUGCAUUUGUGCACACUGGCAUUUUAUUCUGAAAUGUUCAGUUUUUGUCAUAUCUUUUAAUACUGUUUUUAUAUUUUUAACCAAUCCUUUAUGCACUAGUUAUUUUUUUUUAUUGGGGCAGGUAUGUGUGUUUUUUGAGUUAGCUGUGCACCAGCCAGUUCCUGUGUGUGGUUUAUUUGAACGCACUUGGAUAGUGCAGUUCUGGAGAUAUAGAAUUAACUGGAGGGAUGAGACUAAAGAUGGUACAACAGCUCUUGGAACAAAGAAAGUGUUGAAUACAUUGUCUGAUAUGAAAAUCCUCUUCUGGAUGAUAAUGGUAGGGCAGCAGGCUAUGACCAAAAAAGUCAUAAUAAACAAAUGCAGGGUUGGGUACUUUGAUACAUUUUCUUCAUUCAUUAUCCAGAGAUUAAAAAUCUUCAGAUUUGUUUGGUUGUAAAAAUACUUUGUUUUAAAAUAGUAAUGGCUAUGAAGUUGUGGGCUAUAAAUUAAAUGAGCAGAACAACUUUUAAUUUCUAUUGAGGAUGCUGUUUUCAAAAAAUUUUCUUCCAAUGCUACCUAAAUCUGGCUUAUUUCAAAAGUAAUAAAAUUGUACAAAAGGUGUUUGCAAAAAGCUGCAUCAAACCCUUCUCUCAGUGGCUUAUUUAACUUGCUUGGCACUUUUUGUGCGGAGCAAGUAAAAUGAAGUUGAAGUGGGAAUCAUUUAAUCCCAGAUCAGUGGAUUGGGAUGGCCCUCUUUACUUGCUGUGCAAAUAGCUUAGGUUCUUCUGUAGGAAGACUUGAGAGUUUUAGGGUUGCUGUAGGUCUCUGCAGUGGCACUUCUUCGGCUUAGAGGGUACAGUGAAGGUUUAAGCAAUGCUCCGAAAGGUAUGGUAAACAGUCUGUUCUCAGGUGACUCUUCUCUGUGGGUUGGUUGUGGAAGAAGCUGAAAUGAGUCGCCCUUGUAUGAAUGUAUGCAUGUAAGUGGGGGAGCCAUCGGUUUUGAAGUAUUUAAGAAGAUGAAAACAAAAGGACUUGUAGCGUCUAUCCGGCUUACUUUAUGAACCAUUAGAGACUUAAACUGUGGGCUGUGCAUAAGCAGCUAUUUGUAGUCUCAGGUGGGUUUGGGCUUGCAGUGAAGGGCCACUGCAAACAAAUCAGAUUUACAAGUUUUUUUUUUUUUUUUUUUAACACUUUUGUGAUUUUGUUUUACUGUAUUGUCAAUCAUCAUUCCCUGUACAAAUAAAUGGAAAUAAAACCUUGAUUUCUAUGUGUUCAGUGCACUGUUUAGGUUACAUUGCUAUGGAGUUUUAAAUCUAGACAAGAGAUCAUUUUCAGUUUUUGGCUGACAGCAGCUCUCACAAGCAAACAUUGUCACGUAAACAUACUUUCCCAAAAUGGGAAGACAAAAUGCGAAGAUGUGUAACAUACAUGUACACAAUAAACUGCACACUUACACAUGUAACUGAAGCAGUUGGAAGUGUGUAAGUGUGUAUCACUUUGAACUGUCACUGGUGUGGAAGAUUACAGCAGCUGUGCACAUUGUAACAAUGAGGGCUUUGGUUGCUGUUGAUGCAGUCGAGGUCUUGCGGACAUUGCGCCGUUGCCAGAUUUUAGUUUUGGGGGUCUUUGUUUUAACGAAAUGAAGCAAUGCUGAGGGUCCGAGGGGAGGAAGGGUGGUUGUGGCGGUCUGUUAUGUGUAUAUUGUUUUGUCUCUUUUGUUGAAAUUAAAAAAUAAAUAUAAAAAUUUGUU